AUGCACUCCACUUCCCUAAUCUUAUCAUCCACCCUUUUGAUAAUUUUUGUCUUUCUUAUUUCCCCUGUCCUAAACACCCUUGUUUCAAAACCCCUCUCCGCAAACUGAUCAUCAACGCAUGUUAAAUCUGCAGUCAAGAUAUCAUUCUUUACUAGCCUUAUCCCCCUUUUUAUUUUUUUUAACAGUGGAACUGAGACCAUUGUCUCCUCAUUUACAUGAAUAGAUCUAGCAACAUUAGAUAUUAAUAUUAGCCUUAAAUUUGAUAUUUACUCUGUUAUUUUUAUCCCUGUGGCUCUUUACGUAACUUGGUCUAUCUUAGAGUUUGCUUCUUGGUAUAUACAAUCAGACCCCGAUAUAAACCGCUUCUUCAAAUACCUACUCAUGUUCUUAAUUGCAAUAAUUACCCUUGUAACAGCUAAUAAUAUAUUUCAGCUAUUCAUCGGGUGAGAGGGUGUAGGGAUUAUAUCAUUCCUACUGAUUGGUUGAUGAAGUGCUCGAGCGGAUGCAAGCACAGCAGCAUUACAAGCAGUACUUUACAACCGUAUUGGUGACAUUGGUUUAAUUAUUGCCAUAGCUUGAAUUGCAACAAACCUCAACUCCUGGGAGAUAGAUCAAAUCUUCAUAUCUUCCAAACACAUGGACCUCACUUUACCUCUUAUUGGGUUAGUCCUUGCAGCCGCGGGAAAAUCAGCCCAAUUUGGACUUCACCCGUGGCUCCCUUCUGCUAUAGAAGGCCCAACCCCAGUUUCUGCCUUACUUCACUCAAGCACUAUGGUCGUAGCAGGCAUCUUUCUUAUAGUACGCAUAAGCCCUAUGCUACAAAACAACUCUUUAGUGCUUACACUUUGCCUUUGUUUAGGAGCAUUGACAACCCUUUUCACAGCAAUUUGCGCCCUGACACAAAAUGAUAUUAAAAAAAUUAUUGCAUUCUCUACAUCAAGCCAACUUGGCUUAAUAAUAGUAACCAUCGGACUCAAUCAACCACAACUUGCCUUUCUUCACAUCUGCACACACGCGUUCUUUAAAGCCAUACUAUUUCUCUGCUCUGGCUCCAUUAUCCACAGCUUAAAUGAUGAGCAGGAUAUCCGCAAAAUAGGAGGUAUACACCACUUAGCCCCUUUCACUUCAUCCUCUGUAACCCUGGGAAGCUUAGCUUUAACUGGUAUACCUUUCUUAGCAGGUUUCUUCUCAAAAGAUGCAAUUAUUGAAUCAUUAAAUAACUCUUACCUGAACGCCUGAGCCCUUCUCAUUACAUUAAUUGCUACUUCACUCACAGCCGCAUAUAGUCUUCGAGUAGUCUUCUUUGUAUUAAUGGGUAACCCUCGAUUCCUCCCACUAUCCCCUAUUAACGAGAAUAACCCAUCAGUUAUUAACCCUAUUAAACGUUUAGCACUUGGAAGCAUUGUGGCUGGGUGACUUAUUUGCUCCAACAUCACACUAUUAAAAACCCCAGUAAUAACCAUACCCCUAUUUGCUAAAACAACAGCAAUUGCUGUUACUCUGAUGGGGUUUUUGAUGGCAUUUGAACUAGCUUCAAUAACCUCCAAGCAAGCUUUCAUCACCCCCUCACUAACCACCUAUCGCUUCUCAAAUUUAUUAGCUUUUUACCCUAACAUUAUACACCGUAUUACCCCUGCAAAUUCUCUUACUUUCGGACAAACAAUCGCCAUUCAAACUAUAGACUUAUCUUGGCUGGAAAAAUACGGCCCUAAACUUAUAACUUCACUAAAUACCACCAUAGCUUCUACGGUUAGUAACGCACAAAAGGGUGUAAUCAAAACAUAUUUGGCCUCCUUAUUACUCACUCUAGCCCUAACCGCCCUGAUUCUAACCCCUAAAUAGCACGCAAGGCCCCCCGCUCGAACCCUCGAGUUAGCUCCAGAACAACAAACAAUGUUAACAAUAAUGCUCAAACACCAAUAAUAAGUAUUCAACCCCCCGAAGAAUAUAUUACAGCCACUCCACUAGUAUCCGCCCGUAAUAACCCUAGGUUAUUAAUCUCUUCUAAAGGAGUUGCUGAUGCCUCCAACCACUCACUUCAGCAAUAAACAAAUGAAAGCACUACUAAUAGCAAGUAAAACACCAUUCGUGUAAAAACAGGUCAGCUCCCUCAACCCUCCGGGUAACGCUCAGCAGCUAACGCCGCAGAGUAGACAAAAACAACCAAUAUACCCCCUAAAUAAAUCAAAAAGAGAACUAAGGAUAAAAAAGACCCCCCAAAAUAGGCUACUAACCCACAGCCAGCCCCGGCAGCGAAUACUACUCCUAAGGCUGCAAAAUAAGGGGAAGGGUUUGAAGCCACAGCAACAAACCCUAAGAUCAAACCAAUUAAUAAAAUUGUUAACACGUAAGACAUAGUUCAUAUUUGGACUCUAACCAAAACCAAUGACUUGAAAAACCACCGUUGUAAUUCAACUACACAAACUAAUGGCCAACUUGCGCAAAACCCACCCCGUACUAAAAAUUGCCAAUGAUGCACUAGUAGACUUACCAACUCCAUCGAACAUUUCAGUCUGAUGAAACUUUGGCUCUCUUCUAGGUCUCUGCUUAAUUUCCCAAAUUGUAACAGGCCUUUUUUUAGCAAUACACUACACUUCUGAUAUUGCUACUGCUUUCUCAUCAAUUACCCACAUUUGUCGGGAUGUUAAUUACGGCUGAUUGGUACGAAGCAUACAUGCCAAUGGCGCCUCAUUUUUUUUUAUUUGUAUUUAUCUACACAUCGCACGAGGACUUUAUUACGGAUCUUAUUUAUAUAAAGAAACCUGAAACGUUGGUAUCAUUCUUCUUCUUCUCGUAAUAGCAACAGCUUUCGUAGGCUAUGUCCUUCCUUGAGGACAAAUAUCUUUUUGAGGAGCUACAGUAAUCACAAACCUUCUUUCCGCUGUACCUUACGUAGGUGACAACCUUGUCCAGUGAAUCUGAGGGGGUUUCUCAGUGGACAAUGCUACACUAAACCGAUUUUUCACAUUCCACUUCCUCCUGCCCUUUGUAGUACUAGCAGCCACACUCGUACACCUGCUUUUUUUACACGAAACGGGCUCUAACAACCCAGCUGGAUUAAACUCUAAUCUUGACAAAAUCUCUUUCCACCCUUAUUUUUCUUACAAAGAUCUCUUAGGGUUCGCAACAUUACUACUCGCAUUAACUGCCUUGGCUUUAUUCCUUCCCAACUUAUUAGGGGACCCUGAUAACUUCACACCAGCCAACCCUUUAGUCACCCCUUCCCACAUUAAGCCUGAAUGAUAUUUUUUGUUUGCCUAUGCCAUUCUUCGAUCCAUCCCUAACAAACUGGGCGGGGUAUUGGCUCUACUAUCAGCUAUCUUAGUUCUAGCUUUAGUACCCCUCCUUCACACCUCUAAACAACGAGGGUUAACAUUCCGCCCCCUAACAAAGGUCCUUUUCUGAUCCCUCUCCGCUGACGUAGUACUUUUAACAUGACUUGGAGGAAUGCCUGCAGAACCCCCUUAUAUUAUGAUUGGCCAAGUAGCCUCAAUUACUUACUUCUCAAUCUUCCUAGUAUUAAUACCCUUAGCAGGAUGUAUUGAAAACAGCAUACUCAAAUAGGUGU